AUUGCCGACAAAUACCAUGAAAUGUCGGUGAAAAGUCAUAAUUAAGAAACAGCAAGAACACCCAGAGCAGAGCCUCUCUUUACUUACUUGCACUGAAUUUGUUUCUCUGUAACUGAAAUCCAUGUUAUGUUGGUGGAGAUCUGGAUAUGUAAGUAGAGAAUGCACGGUUACAGUCGGUUAGGUCGGGCAAGCGGGUCCCCCCCUUCCUCCCCUAGAUUUCGGAGGCACAGUAAGGGCCGCGGUGGAGGGGUAGGGGUAGGGGUAGGGGUGGACGUGAAGCUUCUUGAGCGCUGGGUUUAUGCUGUCAUAUCUGCAGUGUACCGCCGGAGAGGGGUUUUGCUGUUUGCGCCCCUUCUUUAUGUCUCUGCAAUGCUCUUGUAUAUGGGUACUAUGGGUUUUCAUCUUGGCUUCACCACUACAACUCCUUCUUCUUCUUCUGCUCCUUUAGGCUCUUUGUAUCGAAGUCCUCAGCUUUUCCAACACUUGUGGCCCUAUAUUCAACCUCAAAAUAACCCAACCAAUAAUGACUUGAUGAUGAACGUCUGGAACAUCAAGUCACGUCCAUCUUGGAAACCUUGUAACAAUCUUCAGAAUUCUCAAGCAGAACUGCCAAAAUCAAAUGGUUUCCUCAUAAUUGAAGCGAAUGGCGGGCUGAACCAACAACGAUUAUCGAUAUGUGAUGCAGUUGCAGUGGCAGGCUUACUGAAUGCCACGCUCGUGAUUCCAAUAUUUCAUUUGAACAGUGUGUGGCGUGAUUCAAGCAAGUUUGGGGAUAUAUUUGAUGAGGAGUUCUUCAUAUAUGCAUUGAGACAUCAUGUAAAUGUGGUUAGAGAAUUGCCCGCGGAUAUAUUGGAGCGUUUCGACAACAACAUAAGCAAUAUCGUGAAUCUGAGAGUCAAAGGUUGGUCAAGUCCAACUUACUACCUUCAGAAGGUCCUGCCAAGGCUUCUGGAGUUGGGGGCGGUACGUAUUGCACCAUUCUCUAAUAGAUUGGCUCAUGCUGUUCCUUCAGAAAUCCAAGGGCUUAGAUGUUUAUCAAAUUUUGGGGCACUUAGGUUUUCAGAACCUAUACGCACACUUGCCGCAAAAAUGGUUGAUAAGAUGAUCCAGAAUGCUUCUACCAGUGGCGGGAAAUAUAUUUCCGUCCAUCUUCGUUUUGAAGAGGACAUGGUUGCAUUUUCAUGUUGCGUAUAUGAUGGUGGCGAGGAAGAACAACGGGAAAUGGAUAUUGCUCGUGAAAGAAGUUGGAGAGGAAAGUUCCGCAAGAAGAAUCGAAUAAUAAGACCAGGUGCAAUUAGGAUGGAUGGAAAAUGCCCUUUAACUCCUCUAGAGGUUGGAAUGAUGCUUAGAGGCAUGGGUUUUGAUAACAACACAUCAGUGUAUGUGGCAGCAGGUAAAAUAUACAAGGCUGAGAAAUAUAUGGCACCACUUAAACAGAUGUUUCCACGCUUAGAAACCAAGGAUACAUUAGCUUCACCUGAGGAGCUUGCCCCAUUUAUGGGGUACUCAUCACGAUUGGCUGCUCUUGAUUACACGAUAUGUCUCUACAGCGAGGUUUUUGUUACUACACAAGGUGGAAACUUCCCUCACUUUUUAAUCGGUCAUAGGCGCUAUUCCUAUGAAGGACAUGCCAAAACAAUAAUACCUGACAAGAGAAAAUUAGCUCAGUUGUUUGAUAGUCCCCAUAUCAGAUGGGAGAGCUUUCAGAGGCAGUUGCGGGAAAUGCUUCAUCAUAGUGAUGUAAAGGGAAGUGAAAUAAGGAAGCCAAGUGCCUCGCUUUUUAUGUAUCCAAUGCCAGAUUGCAUGUGUAAGCAAGCAGCUGCUAAAAACUCAACAAGAUAAGACUUGCACAGGUAUAUGGCCUUGAGGCUUGACUAUAUAAACUAGAAUUCUUUUUACACAUGUAGUUAGUCAUAUUUUUAUCAUUAUUGAUCUGUAAACUAUUUAGAUGAGGUUUAUAUGCAUACCGAGUUGUAUAUACUUGAAGGCAGUUGGAGAUAUUCGUAUUCAUAUUGUUUUUUCUUGA